CUCCGCUGUACGUAUUCUGGAGACUUUGACAUGCAGGUUGCUUAUUGAUGCUAACUGGUUUCUCUUGAAGUCUCCUUGUUAGGACAGGCCACUCAAGAGAAAUUCCUUUAGAGAGCCCCACUUUGAACCCCUUUCUAUUUCAAGUCGUUCUGCAGUAGGCUCUAUAUGCAGAAUGCCUUCAGGAAACAACCAUUUCCAAGCACACGGCAGUGAGUAAUUCACUUGGAUUAAAUUAGCAAAAAGGAAGGAGAAACACUGUAAGUUCCUGCAGACAAACCGUUUAUUGAUUUGGGACUGAAAUGUUUGAGUUUCAUAUUCAGUUGCUCACAUAAAUCUGCAUUAUAGCAGAACCAUUACCCUUUUUAUAGUUAAGCUUCUGUUAGCAUUUCCCUAGCAAAACACAGAUUUAUUUCAACAAUUCAAAACACAGCUGUAAAAAUAAAAUAAAAUAACAUACUUUCCAGAUGGGGACUUGAUGGGCAAAUUGAAGAUAUAGACAUUUAUAGGGCUGGGUAGAGUGCAAAAUAGUAAUAUUUUAGUGGAGUUCCUUUUGAAUGCAGACAGGUGAGGACUCGUUGUCAAUGACAGGGUGACUCACUUUUGCCUGUUUCACCCUCACCUGGUUAUUUAACCUUGGAGUUGGGGUUCACCCUCUUUUCCCCCAGUUAACAUAGAGUCAGAACUGAAAACACUCUUAAAGAAACCACCCUACCACUAUGCAGAGAUAGUCACAUACCAUUAUCUUUUUAAGGGGUGACGGUGUAGCCAAGGACCUUUGAUAUUUCAACUUUGUGGCCUUUUUUGUGUUUCCAUAUUGUCCUAAAUGGCUUGCUUUUGCAAGGUGGGAUGGUGAUGAUUCUCUUGUUUACUGGCUACUCUCUGUUAUCAUCUAGUUCCAAAACAGUCAGGAGACCUCAGUUUUUGGUAGUUUCAAAUCUGGCUUGUUGUAGGGAGGAGUGCAUGGGGCUCUGAGAUAUCCCUAACUCUGUCUUCCCUGUCCCCAAAGUGCCUAUCUGUUUUGCCAUAUAGGUAAUUUUUCAUCAAGUCUUUGCUCCAUGACCUUGCUAACAUAUUUGCUGUUGAGCACCGCUCUUGACUCCCUCAUGUCCACUGUGCUAUGUUUGGAGUUUAGUAGAGGGCGUGUAAUUUUAACGACCCCUCUGUGCAAGAACAUACCAGUCAUACCCCUGUAGAAAGCCAGUCUUGCUGCGACCGAAUGGGGAAAUCCUAAUGUGCACAGAGUGCCAUUGUUUGUACAGUCGUGGGGAUAUUUCACUGUCCCAUUAAACUACUAUCAAAAAUAUAUGAACAACAGACCUCCAACCCCACACACAGCAAAAACCAAAUCUUAGGAAAUUGAAGAAGGAGUUUACAGUAACACUAAUCUGCUUGAAGAGCCCAAUGCAGUGUCCAGUGAAUUCCAUUGAAAUCUUUUCAUUGACAUUGGAUCAGGCCUUAAAGCCACAAACGCAUAAAGGGAGCCCACUGAGGCUAAAAAAUCUGGGCUGUCACCACAAUUCUCUUCUUUCCCCCCUCACUCCCUGUGUUGAUUUACCCAGGGUGCGGAUGACAGUGACAACCCACAUCUGAGAGUCUCUUUUGCCUUUGGGGGUUUGUCAGGCCCCUGGAAAGCAGCGAAUAGUUUGUGUAAAUCCUUGAAAAGAACAUUCCCCCAGCCAAGAAUGUUGCCGUCCUGGCCCCUGCGUUUUGCAUCUCUUGAUCCUUGUUACAGAAACAGGACUCUUGUCUGCUGCUCUUUGCAGUUCCUAAACUGUCUGUCAUCGACUAAUUUCCACAGCAACCAGCUGUGUCGCCACAAAAUAUGGGAUUUUGACUUGGUGUGGGGAAGCGGGAGGGAAAGGGGAAGCUGUUGGGAGGGGAAGGCAGCAGCAGCAACAAUCGUUUUUUCGCGCAUACUUAAUGGACAACUGGGAGCAGCAGAAUUGGCUGAAGAAGAAUGUCGUUCUGAAUUUUCAUUGUCAGUGCUGUUGCUUUCCUGCUGCCACCAGAUUCUGCUGUUGAAUAUGGGAGGAAAAUGUGGAGCUGUGACUUGGCUCUUGGCCAGUGUGCGGCACUGUGUGCUGAGAAGCAGUUCCUGCUUUCCGGCGCUGGAAGCAGUGAGAUCAAAGGCACCAGAACAAUGAAGUUCCCAAGCAAAUCCUCCAUACCGAUGCAUUGGGCGAUGUCUUCUACUCCACUUGUGAUCAUAGGAACACCGACAGAGAGAUCGGCUCCAGGUGUGUCUCCCCCCGACCACGGGGAGAGGUAAAGGGGACUGGCCCGGUGCACGUACCCCAGUGACAUGUAAGGUGCCAUUAAACUGUAGAACUGAUAAAUGAAACUGUUUUUAAUUGUUCACUUUAUUAAUGUAACUUCUGUUCACCAUUCACUACACUUGCCUACACUGUAACUUCUGUUCCAUAUUGUAAUUCAAACUCCAUUUUAAAACACUCACUCCAUUUUGUAAAAGCUUCCUCCAACCUUCAUUUUUGCAAACCCUGCUGUAAUCUUAUUAGUUUAGUUUAGAUGCGUGAAUGAGGUAUGUAUGAAUGACAGAAUCAACCUCCAGCCCCAGCCUGUCCUGAUGAGAUAAAGUUCAAAUACCAACGGCUGAAGACCUAGACAACAGCCCUAAACAAAGUAAGAAGCAUCCACCCUAAAAAGAAAAGGACAACAGAAGGAAGAUCAAAGCCAGGUUCAAGGCUGAAAGUCAUGCCUGCAAUUGAUGGGUGAUCAAUCUAAACCCAGAGGCAGCGUGACACAGCAAGACCUAUAGACUUCGAAUCCAAACUAAAAGCCUAUAAAAAAGAAGGGUGAGAUGAGAGACUCUGGGUAACAUUCUGCUGCCAACAUGGAAGGACAUCAGUGCCUGCCCAACAGAGAUCCAGCUUGUCUUUGUGCCUGGCUUUCCUGGCCAGUUAGUCGCCAUAAGCUACGAACCCAAGCUACAAAAUCAAGCUAUGAACUUAAGCUAUCUUCAGGACUGAACGGGAUUGGAAGCUGACACCGAGCUCCCUUACCCUGCACGCUGCGAGAGGAUUUGCAUCCAGAACUGAUGGGAAGAUGCAUGGAGGCCGAUGGGAUUCCAAACCCUAGGCUGGCCCCAGCCCAGUGACGAGGCUCUGGAUUGCAUCGGGAAGGUCGGUGGGAGAGUCAGCUGGAAGGAGAGGGGUUGCACACCUUGGGCUCACCUGUUCCUGCCCUGGCAGGGCACUCAGUUGAAAAGAUGAGGAUUCCCCACUGGAGAAGGUGCAAAGUCCUGGGGUAGUGCCCCAGCCCCCGAUCAGCCAUGGUGCUGCCCAUCGCCAGCAGCAGCAUGGAGCUGCAGCAGGACAACGGGCUCUGUGUCCGCAACAACAUUGGCGGUUGCCGGCUGAAGUAUGAGGAGCCGAGGAGCCGGAGGAACUCCAUCCCCCCCGUGCAGACUCCCACGGCCAAGCACAUGCUUGCCUACCUGCCCCGGCCCCCGACGGACACCAGCAGAUAUGGCGCCUUCCCUCAGAAGCCUGAAAUGAUGGUCAUCCCCAUGGGCCCAUCAGAAGAGAGCCAACAGCAAACAGACCCUGCAGCUGAAAAGAAAAAUGCCCUGAUGUCAAACUUUGUCUCCCACUCCUGUGGCUCAAACAUCCCCAAUGACAGAUCAGUCCUUCAGAGGAGACUCAGUGUGGUGGAGCAGACCAGCACAGGCACGGUGGUACCCGUGAAGCACCGGCCCAGCAUCUCCAUCAACACCGAAGAUCUGCCCAAGUACCGCCGGGCAUUGCACAAUGAUCCCCUGCCUUCGCUCCGGGACAUCAGCACCCGGUGGUACCCACGGCAUGCCCUCAGUGUGCCUAACAUCCCCAACUCAGCACGGAAAAAAACGCCCACCCGGAGCAUUGUCUCCGUGACCCCCUCAGAGAAACCUCAGAACCGGCGCUGCAAGCUCAUCGACGACGAUCGGCAGUUCAGCUCCGCCAACAAGCAGCAGCGGCAGCGCUAUGUGACCAAAAUGGGCAAGUGCCAGGUGAAUCUGGGUCGCAUCCAGGAAAAGAAGAGGUUCCUGUCAGACAUUUUCACCACCAUUGUGGACCUCAAGUACCGCUGGUUCCUCUUCGUCUUCAUGAUGUGCUACAUCAUCACCUGGGUGGUCUUUGGCAUCAUCUACUUCUUCGAUGCCUGGAUAAGGGACGAUGUCAGCCACAUAGGAGACCCAGAGUGGAAGCCUUGCAUCGAGAAUGUGGACAAUUUCAUAUCUGCCUUACUUUUCUCCGUGGAAAGUCAAAGGACCAUUGGUUAUGGCUCCCGGAUUGUGACAGCCGAUUGCACCGAGGGUGUCAUUUUGCUGAUGGCCCAGUCCAUCGUUGGGUCCAUGAUAGAUGCCCUCAUGGUGGGAUGCAUGUUCGUCAAGAUCUCCAGGCCCAAGAAGCGCGCCCAGACCUUAAUAUUCAGCAAGAAGUGCGUUGUCUCCCACCGGGAUGAGAAACUCUGUCUGAUGUUCCGCAUCGGCGACCUCCGGGACAGCCACAUGGUGGAUGCGAAAAUAAGAGCCAAACUGAUCAAAUCCAGACAAACCAAGGAAGGGGAGUUCAUCCCCUUGGAGCAGUCGGAGCUGAACCUGGGCUAUGACACAGGGGAGGACAGGCUCUUCUUGGUGGAGCCGCAGAUCAUCUGCCAUGUCAUCAAUGACCACAGCCCCUUCUGGGAAAUGACAGCAGAGUCACUGAAGCGGGAGCAGUUUGAGAUCAUUGUAAUCCUGGAGGGCAUCGUGGAAGCCACAGGAAUGACAUGUCAAGCCCGGACCUCUUACAUAGAGGAUGAGAUCCUUUGGGGAUAUCGGUUCGAGCCCUGCAUGACACUGGAGAAAGGAGCCUUUCGAGUAGACUACAGCAGGUUUGAGAAGACAUUUGAGGUGCAGACCCCAGCAGCCAGCGCCAAGGAAAUGUACGAACUGAAGGAGAUGGAACGUCAGGACCAGUCCACCCUCAGCUUGUACUGGGACCACCUGGUGCAUCCUUGCUUCUCAGCCGAGCUGAAUGAUGUCCUGCAAGAUGAGGUUCCCACUGAGGAACCCUUGGCCAGGCUGGGCAUCCCCAACAUCACGGAGGAGGAAACAAGUGCCGAGUUCCAGAACCAGAUCGGUGUCUGAGCUCCUCCCCAACACAGAGUGACAGGAGACACCCCAGUGCAGUCACUUGUCUGCCCCAAGGACUAGUGCUGCUGCUUUGCAUCCGGACAUGUCCCUGGUGCAAGCGGGGUAGAGGCAAGGGUAAAGGUGCACUGCUGCUCUCCGGCCAACCUGAACGUGCAUUGAAGUCCUCACCAGUGAGCUCUGUGGUGGAGCCAUUGGGCUCUCUCUCUCCAAUAUGGGCAGUUGAUGCUGCCUUCCUAUGGAGGAGGUGGUGGGGUUAAAGACCCCUAUAGCUCCCUACUCCAGGCUGGGGUAAGGGACCAGGGAAAUGUGGAACAAGGGAUUGGGACCCACAGCCAGGACGCUCAUCAGCCAUUGACUGUUAUGUGGAGGAAAUGUCUCCUUACCUGUGAGUAUAAGGUGCUGCCCUGGGGUAGGUCAUAAGCAGCAGGGAUCCAACUGGAGACCUCUAGAUCCUGCAGCCUGUGCUAAAUGACCAGCUCUGCUAGCUCAGGGGCUGUAGCAGCAAGUGACAGAGAGCCCCACUGUGUAGUGUGGGUCACAUGACACAAGAAUUAACAAUCUCACCUUCAGUCACCCCAGGGAGUGCUGCUUGGAGGGGGGCAGGGAGCCCCUCUCCAUAGUCUCUGGUUCCCAUUAUGUCCACAUCAGGCACUUUAGGGUUUGUGCAGCCCUUUUGGUAUGACACCUUUCCUGCUGCCUGCCACGUCCUUCAUGGACUGUAAGUACCCGGAGCUGGUGCUGCCCCCAGACGCAGCUCGAGUACUCACGUGGAAGUGUCUCCUACUGACAAUGCCAUAUGGAUAACUCUCUCUGUACGGUGUGUCCCUUUCCCCUCCUUCCCUGCGUCCUGUGACUGCUGUCCCUAACCUCUCAACACAUCCAGUGUCUCCAGGUCAAGCUGCAGCUAAGUGGAAUUAUUUUUGCAAAAUCUUUUGUAAUAAGGUUAUCGAAAAACAAAAUUCAGCAGGUGAUUAAAAUCUCUGAACCCCACAGACAGCAGCGUUUUGUGGGUGUGUAUAGGCACUGUGCAUGUAAGUGUUUGCAUAUGCGGGGGGCUCCUGCUCAGUCUACAGGGCCACUGCCUGGUGCAGGGGGC